AUGACGCCAACCCCAGUAGUGGUCUCUACCUGGGACUCCGUGGUGCUCUGGGCGACACAGGCCGUGCUGGAUGGCGAGCAGCUCGAUACUGUUGCUCUUUCGGCCUUGGAGCAGGCCCUUGCCGGUGAUCCCUGCACCACCAGCGGCGAAAUCUGUCCCUCACCAGCAGACGCUUCCUCUACGCGUAGCAACGACAACAACGACGACAGUCCCCAGGACGCCCAGUCACCCGCUUCCGACGUAUCCCCGUCAAACAUGGCCGCAAGCACCGCCAACGGGAGGCGCAGCUUCCUUCUGGAUAUAGGAUGCCCACCAUCGCAAGAGCUCGGAGAAGGGAAAAAUGCAACGGUAGUCGCAGAAUGGGCGGCGGCGGUGGAGGGGGGACGGACCGACGGGUCAGAACCCGGAGCAUUGCUGUGUGUCGAUUUGGCGAGGUGGGGAUGGAAGCUGGCAUGCCGCGGUCUUGGAAACGUAAUGAUCAGGAAAGUCACAACGAACAUGAAGUUAUCGUCUCCGUAUCAAUGUCAUUAA